CAGUGAUGUGACAGGGCCGGGCCGCUGUGACAGCAUUUAGUGGAAGUCUUGACGGACAGAGUCAGGGAGGCUGUUUGGGGGAGGUGAUGUCAGGCCGGAGAAGAGUGACACGAGGUGAGGGAAGACAGCCAACGCCCUGUAUCUGAUCUGAUGGGAAGUGGCAGGAGAUGAGGAGACGGAGCCAAAUUCAGCCUGAAAGCGUGGUCAUCGUCUGAGGGUUGUCUCAGCCUCGGCCCCCAGAGCAGCAGAGCCCGUGCCGCUCCUUGUCCAUCCCUCUCGGACCAGCAGCUCAGUGUGGCGAGGCCAGGAACAAUGGGCCGGAAGCUGGACCUGUCGGGCCUGACGGAUGACGAGGCAGAGCAUGUCUUGAAAGUGGUCCAGCGGGACAUGAAGCUGCGAAAGAAGGAGGAGGAGAGGCUGAGUGAGAUGAAGCAGGAGCUGGCGGAGGAAGGCAGCAGAUGCUCCAUCCUCUCCAAGCAGCACCGCUUUAACGAGCACUGCUGCAUCCGCUGCUGCGCGCCCUUCACCUUCCUGCUCAACCCCAAGCGCCUGUGCCUGGACUGCCAGUACAACGUCUGCAAGACCUGCUGCACCUACAACAAGAAGGACAAAGCCUGGCUGUGCUCCGCGUGCCAGAAGGGCAGGAUUUUAAGGACACAGUCGCUUGAAUGGUAUUAUAACAACGUGAAGAGUCGCUUUAAGAGGUUCGGCAGCGCCAAGGUUUUGAAGACUCUGUACAGAAAGCACAUUAUAGAGAGAGGAGCGCUCUCUGAUCUCCCAGAUUUAAAUUACAUUGGCAUCAUCUCUGCAAAAGAAAGCAGCGUUCACGAGGGAAGCACCGGCAACGACAAUGAUGGCAGCAUCUGUGGCAGCGACUCCGCCUUCUACAGACAGAGUGAAGGACACAGUAUGGCAGAGACGCUCACAGUCGCCCUGCGUGUUGCUGAGGAGGCUAUAGAGGAGGCCAUCGCUAAGGCGGAGGAGUUCAGCGACAGCUUGGAGAAGCAGAAUGAGGCUCGGUAUCUGCAGGACCACAAAGAGGAGCUCAUAGAGGAACUUGCCACAACAAUUGUACAAAAAAUCAUUCAGAGGAGGAAGCGUUCAGAAAUGCAGACAGAGUAUGACUUUGUCUGGCCUCAGCCUCAGUCCCUGAUCCAGCCCAGUGAACUCCCCUCUCUGUCUCAGCCUCAAGCUUCUUCACAAGGACCACAGGACCCCCUCAAGACCUCCUACUCUCUCUGGCGGUCACGAUCAGCAUUCUCCCUCACCAGUGACGACUCUCCAGAGAAGGGUCCAGAGGAGGAGGAGGGUGCCGGAGCGGGUGGCAGCUUGCAGGACUACACCUCUCUGAAGAGAGAGGGAAAGGCCACAUCUCUACCCAGCUGGAAGAGCGUCGACCGCCUGGACAACUCCAGUGCAUCCUCGGUGCUCCAGAGCCCAGACGGUAACUGGAUCGCUCUGCACAGCUCACAGCUGUCGCGGCCCAGCCUGCUAACCAAGAGGAAGAGCCUGGUGUUCAGCGUGUUGGAAAAAGAGUCCGGCGUUGUUUCAGCUUACGACGAGAUGGGAUCUGACUCAGAGGAGAAUGAUGAAAGCGGCUGGGGAGCAGCUUUGCGACAGUUCCGGCGCAAACUGUCUGAUGAGACGUACUACACAGACUCACAGCACGACCCCGAGUGGACGUACACGCAGCACCUUCCCAUUACCUCGCCGUCCUCUGGCCAGUACACCAACACAGAGACUCUCAACUCAGACUCAGAGGCCUCAUCAGUGCUGUCCGCUUGUCCUCGCAAACCGCCUCAAAACCUACUGAGGAAGAAAGGACCGCCCGACACACAUCUGCAUCCUCAUCAUCAGCCGCUCUACCACCAACACCUUCACCAGAACUUCUCUCCAUAUCCAGUCCACUCAGAGGCACUGGAUGUCAACUUUAAUCCCAAGGUGAUGGGAGACAGCAGCGAGGCUGAGGAGAGGCAGAGUGACCCGGUCAGAAGAUCACGGCGACGCAGGAAAAGCAAGAGAGAGUCGUCGACAGAGCAAAGCAAACCUGGAGGCCAGAGCCACACACAGUCCAUCUACCCAUUAGCACAGGAGAACAGUGGCUUUCUACUCAAUGCCCUUCUGAAGAGGGGUUUAAGUGAGGAACAGUCAGUACCUGACACUAUGCCAACAGCCACCGCUGCACCAGACGCCUUCAAAUCUGAUGCCAUGACACCCGAGCCAGAGGACUUGGACACAGUGGCCCCGAAUUCAGCUGCCCCCAGCCCACCACAGCCUCACUCUCUGGCUCCGGGGUCCCAGCGCUCGCCCAGCAGCUUAGGCCCUGGAGACCCUCUGGAAGAGGAGCUGCGUUCCAGACUCAGCCAGCUGGUCAGCCGUGCCAACAGCAAAGACAGCAGCUCUUCUGAGGAGGAGCGCACAAAGCGGCCCGCGGACACACAGACAGAUAAAGAAAGUGACAGACAGAGAGAGAAGACAAGGCCAAAGGACACUGAGAGAGAAAGGCAGAGGGGAGGUGACAGAUUAAGAGACAGGGCCAGCAGUAAGGAAAGAGGGAAAGCAAGUGAAAUGAUGGAACAAGUGAAUGGACAAGAGGUAAAGAGAAGUGAGAGACUGAUAAAAAGUCAUUCAGUGAGAGAGGAAGGACGAGCUCGGGAGAGGAGGUUGGAGAUAGGAGUGGAAUGUUUGGAAGUAGGCGAGCAGGAGCAAAAGAGAGGAGAUAAGAGAGAGCCGAACAGACAAAGUAAGAGACAACAUAAAAGAGAUGUGGAGAAGGAAGCAGGACAGAAAGGAGGAGCAAGGAGGAGUGGAUCCAGCGCAAGUUCACCUGCAAUUACACCUUCUUCCCAGGAGGGGCUGCUGUCGGACAACCAGGAGGGACAGAAUGACGUGGAGCAACAGCAGAGGCUUCAGUUGCUCUCCUCUCUCUUACAGCAGAAGUACUCGGCGGCAUCUCUCUGCAGCAUCACAACAGAGGUGCUGAAGGUUUUGAACGCAACAGAGGAGCUGAUUGGUGAGGCAGGAGGAGAGACCUACACCCCAACUGAGUCCAUGAGUGCUUCUCCCAUUGCCAGCAGCUGCGAGACCCGCAGGCUGGACCAGAGGCUGACCAAGAUGGAGGAGAAUGUGUACCUGGCUGCUGGUGCUGUGUAUGGGCUUGAGGGUGCGCUGGGGGACCUGGAGAGGUGCGCCCGCAGUAUUAAGAGUGGCACCACAGACACAGAGCUGGCCUUUCUGGAGGACCAGGUGGCCACAGCAGCUGCUCAGGUUCAGCAGUCGGAACUACAGAUUUCAAACAUUGAGGCCAGGAUAUCAGCUCUGAAAACGGCUGGGUUGAAUGUGACUGUCUGCAAUCAUUUUUCCAAGUUCAAGCCAAAGGCUAAGCCUCAAACGCUGGACUCAUCACGCCAUCAGAGGAGGAAGCUUCCAGCCCCUCCACUGAAAGAAAAGUUGGAGCCAGAGCAGCAGGUGAAAGUGUUUCGGCCAUAGUGACGGUCAGCAGCACAACGAGUCCCUCAGGGCCACUUCAGAGCCCCAGGGACGGGGACCCGUCUCAUCCAGUGCCUUUACCCAGUGUCCGCCUCCAGCUCCAGGCCAAGCAGGGGCCAACACCCACCCUGUGUCCUAACAAGCACUCAGCCAGGCACGGUACCCCGUCAGUCAAAUGCCUCACAGAAGGGAUGACUGGCUCUUUCCUCUUUUCCACUUUCUCCGUUAUUUUCUCCUCCGCACAUAACAUCAAGCAAGGAUGACUCGACAGUCGGUGUCUCUGCCUUAAAAAUCUGCAAACACUCCUCAUGACCCAACUGAAAAAGAAUAUCUGUACAGACAAAAAUAACUCAUUUCCUUUUUCUAUCUGUUUGCAAGAGUAUCGUGAUUUGCUGUACAAUGAAGACGUGGAAAAAUCAUGUGAAACUUUCUGUGAUUCAGUGUCCCAAAAAGAGGCUGAGCCAUGUUUUAUACUGCAUCUUCCUCUUCACAAAAUGAAACGUGGAAGUGAGGAGUCUUGUCAUACUGUAACCCCCUUCAGAGCUUUUUUGGAUGAUUGUCUGUUUUCUCACACAGCUUUUAGAUGGUAAUCCUCAUGUGGGGAAUGAUUGUAACACCUUCACAUUUUAACCAUUUCAAGAAUUCAUGCACUUACCAGGAAAUAAGUGUUUAGGUACGCCAAGUGUCAGGGCCAAAACUUUUAGUAUGUUCUUCUUGCCACUAAAUUUGCUAGCUGGCAAUAAUGGGACACAAAGCACACUUGAGAAAUCAGUCAUUCUUAUAAACAGUCUAAAAAAAAGUUAAAGGAAUAGUUUGGGGAAAUAAUGUCUUUUUUGAUGAGAGUUACAUGAGAAGAUUGAUACCACUCUAGUAGAGUGGCAAGUCCCUCCCCUUCCAAUGUCCCCCCUCAGACUUUAUUUUAGAAAAAAAUUAUAUGAUAGACUAGUCAAAGGCGAGGGGAAAAAAUAUUUUUUUAUACCAUUAGAAUUGUGCCAUAAAUCUCACAUAUGAUAUUUGAUUUAAAAUAUGUUUUUGCAAGUCAGGAAAGUCACAGUUUUCAUCCUAAUCUAUAUUUUAGGCACAAAUGUGAUGUUGUCUUACCCUGUGUGUUUUUAUCCAGCAAUUUCUGGCCUUUUAUUGGCUUAGAACCGGGCUUGGAAGAAUAUUUAUUACAAUUUCUUUUUUAAAAUACGAAUUUCUUACAGUGUGAGCUAAGUGAGCUGGCAGGAGCUCUAAUAGGUAGAGCACAUACAAGCGUGGUGUCACCUUUAUCUUCUAACUCUUAGCAAGAAAAUGAAAAGGAAUAUUCCCCACAAUGUCCAACUGCUCCUUUAACAAAUGCUGACUGUAAAGAUUUGCUGAAGAAGUGUUCUCCAAUUUAUUCAGAAAAGGAAACUAUCUGUUUUCAGUAGACACAUACACACAGACACACACACAAACUACAGCCUUAAUGUGGAAGCUUCAGGCUUCUACAUUGAAAUGAGUCGAAAUAAGAUUUGAGUAAUGUCUGAAUGUCGGACAAACUCAGCUCAGCAGAAGUCUCCCUUGGUAUGACAUUCGGGUUUGGUGUGGCAGCCCUCAUGCAGUAUUCUUCAACCUAAAGUCAUUUUCUUCCUCUCUGUCAUUUUCUUCGUUUACUUUUAAAUGCUGUGGCCUUUUAUUUGAACAAAAGAGUAUUUUCAUGUUACCACUUCACUGGGUCAUGUCCGAACUUUUCUGUUGCAUUCAGAAAAUCCUGUAAAGAUUUUUACAUAAUGAAGUCUGACGACCUAUAUUACAAAUGCCAUGAAACCAUGAUUUUGUUACAAGCAAUUUAUUUUUGUACUUACUUAACGUUUUUAUGCAAUACCACUGAAACACGUACUAUUGCAAAUUAAAGGCUUUAUUCUCUCCUCAGAGGAGCCCUCCUCAGUCAGUCCUAUCAGACUCUCUCAUGUGUGAUGACUCAAAGUGCUUUCAGUGUAUGCAUGCAUUUACCAUUUGAUAUUCUGCCAGUAAUGACGAUGGUAAAUGUUUCAAAAACACGGGUGGCAACAGGCAUUUCGGAGUGGCUAGUAUGAUUCAUACUGUAUUUGUACUCCUUACAAACUAGAUUUGAGAAUAAUGCCUUUUAUUUUUGGGUUAUUUUUCUUUACUCUGUCACCACUCACAUUAGUCAGAAUCUCAGUUUAGCCAUGCGUACGGCUGUCAAGGUUUUUCGCUGUGACUACAGCUCAGGAGCAGAGCUGGUUUCCUAACAGACUUGUUGAACUAAAGGUGUGAUCUUCUGUAUGAAUGCUCUGCCCCUUCUGUUAGUGACCUUUUCAUCCCAGCCUUUCACAUCUCGGGGUUUUGCACAUUAAUCCUGUACUUUUGUCGAUCUUGUUCUCCAGAGGUGUCGAUGUAUAAACGCAUGUUUCUGGUUUUAUCAAAAUUGAUGUAAAAUUUCCCAUGAGAAGCACAGCCACAAGGGUCCAAUCAUCAGUGUCCUGUAUUUUUCUAAUGUAAAAAAAAAAGAAUAUUAUCUCAUCACAGAAUUUAUUAAUAUAUGUAUAUGUGUGAAAAGAUGGAUAUGAUAUAGAAUAAUAUGUGUAUUGCCCAAUCAUAGUUGACCAAUCUGUCAGUGUUGUGUGCAAGAGACUGUGUUUAAUUGUCAUAAGGCUGGAUUCACACAGGAAGUUUAUAAAUGCUGUAACUGUGUUCCAGAUACUCAAAAUGAUGAGAUUUACUCAGAGCUAAAGACAGAUCUCACUUUUGUUCCUGUUUAAAUCCAAUGUGAAUGACUACGAUGAGGUUCACUGUGCACAGCUCCACAGGCGGGCCAUUCACUUUUAUGUGCAAUCGUUUGUUGCAAUUCCAUGUGACAUGUUGGGAAAAAUAUUAACAAGCAAAAAAUACAGAUUCUCUAUGUGCCACAGUACUC